AAAAUUAGAAAAAACCCUCGCAAGUAUAAACCCUAGCGCGAUUGGCUAUGGCGGAGAAGGAGCUCCUUCGCCGGUUUCUCGAGUUCCAGGAGCGGCGAGCAACGAUCUACACGGAGCUCCAGAGGGGUUUUGCAGAUUAUCUUCGUUCUAAUGCGGAGCUCGCUUACAAGGAGCUUUGCGGCAGAGUGACAGUGGAAUUUAAUGAGUGUUCCAGACAGGUGCUUGAAAUCGAAGCUGCGUUGCGAGAUCCUGCGUGCUCUAGGGAGGACCUCGCGGUGUUAUUGCAGGCCGUGCAGUCUCACGAGAAGAAAAAGCUCCAGAUGACUGCGACUCUCCAGAUCUUGAAACGAGCAGGCCACCCCAGCGAGCGUCAAGCCACCGAUCAAAGGCGAGUCGCUCCACCUGAGGCGUGUAACUUGUGUUGCACCCCGGCAGAGCUGGAUGGUGCCAUCUCCGGCCUGGAGGAGUGUCAAGCCGAGGCCGAGUACCUGGCCGCUCAUAAAGAAGCUGUGACAUCCCUGCAAGAGGCCGUGCUUGCCAUCAAUGAGCUCGUGGAGACUGUAAGAUCUGAGAUGGACGAGGAGUGAGUGGUCGAGCACAAAAAAGAGGAAAAAAAACUCUUCUUUCAGGGAUUUAUAGUGGUAGGCAGCUCGUUUCGAUCGCUUAGCUACUUUGAUAUUUCCAUUCUCGCAGAUCAAUCGAUCGAUCGCUAAGUUUUGGAGUA